UGACCAAAAGCCAAUGGCAAUGAUGAGGGGGAGAAGUGUGUGGUUGUGUUUCCUUGCUUUGUCUGUUGCAAGUGUCAUCAACGUGCAAGCCAGACUGGUUCACAACCAUGUGAGCAGCAUCUGCAGCACAUGGGGCCGGGAGCACUUCAAGACGUUCGACGGAGAUGUGUUUCAGUUCCCUGGCACGUGUGAGUACAACCUGGUCUCCGACUGCCACGAGUCCUACCAGGAGUUCUCCGUGCACAUGAGGAGGAAGGUCAAAGAUGGAAACCCUACAGUCAGUCAUGUGGUGGUCACCAUCAACGACCUUUUGUUCUACCUCAGCAAGGACAUGGUCACUGUGAAUGACAUCCCUGUCAAAUUGCCACACUUCAAUGCAGGAGUACAAGUGGAAAAAAAUGCUGGUAACAUCAAGCUCCAAUCUAAAGUCGGCAUCACUGUCAUGUGGAACGGGGACGAUGCAGUCAUGGUGGAACUGGAUACUGAUUAUGCAAACCGUACUUGUGGUCUUUGUGGAGACUUCAAUGGGGUUCCUGUCCACGAUGAAUUCAUUCAUAAUGGUCGCAAAAUCAGCCCCAUUGAGUUCGGCAACAAACAGAAAGUCCACCGUCCAAAUGAAGUUUGUGAGGAUCCGGAUGAAGAGGAGGAUGAAUCUCGGGAGGCUGUGCUGGAUUCAUGCAAGGAGUUUCAAACCACCUGUGCCCAGAUUCUGCGUUCAGAGCCUUGGAGCUCCUGCACCACACUGAUCAACCCUGAGCCGUACAUCCUGACCUGUGUGCAGGACAUGUGUGGCUGCUCCAACAGUCCAAAUGACUUCUGUGUCUGCAGCACACUCUCUGAGUUCUCCAGACAGUGUUCCCAUGCAGGGGGAACGCCUCCCAACUGGAGGACUCCUCAGUUAUGUGCCAAACAGUGCCCAUUCAACAUGGUGUAUGAAGAGAGUGGCUCCCCUUGCAUGGAUACAUGCACACUUCUCGACACAAGCUCUCUGUGUGAGGAUCACAAGAUCGACGGCUGCUUCUGUCCUCCUGGAACUGUGUUUGAUGAUAUUUCCAUGAGAGGGUGUAUUGCUCAAUCUGAGUGUCAGUGCAAACACAACAAAAUCUACAACUCUGGUGAGGUUUACCGACAGGACAGAGAGGAAUGUACAUGUGUUGAGGGUAAAUGGGCCUGUAAGAGCCUUCAGACUCCUGCUACCUGUGCAGUGGAGGAGGGCUCACAUGUGACUACCUUUGACGGGAAAACAUACACCUUCCAUGGGGACUGCUACUACACCCUAGCCAAAGUGGAAAGCAAGGAUAAAGCAAGUCCAAAGUUUACCAUCCUGGUUCAGUUGGUGCCAUGUGCAAAUCAAGAGUUUGACACUUGCCUCAAGGGUCUUAAAAUCGUGCUGAACAAUGACAGAAACAAUGUAAUAAUGUUCACCUCCGAUGGCACAGUGAAGCAGAACAUGCAGACAGUCAGUUUGCCAUACCACUCAGGUGACAUCAACAUAUUCCACGCCUCAUCCUUCCACAUCAUGCUCCAGACAAGUUUCGGGUUGCAAAUUCAGAUCCAGCAUGUGCCCGUCAUGCAAGUCUAUGUCAGCCUUGACCAAAGCUACAGAGCAAAGACACGUGGUUUAUGCGGGAACUUCAACAUGGUCCUGUCUGAUGACAUGAAGACUCCUCAGGGGAUCGUGGAAGGAACAGCUCCCACCUUCAGUAACUCGUGGAAGGCUAACUACAUGUGUUCAGACAGAGAGGAGAGACUUGAAGACCCUUGUUCCCUCAGUGUGGAAAAUGAGUGGUAUGCCAAACACUGGUGCGCCUUGCUGCUGAGUCCAGACAGCAGCUUCGCUCAGUGCCGUUCAGUGGUGGAUCCUGAGCUGUACUACAAGAGAUGUACUUAUGCUAGCUGCAACUGUGAGAAGAGUGAGGACUGUCUGUGUGCCGUCUUCUCCUCCUACGCUCGGGCUUGUGCAUCUAAGGGAGUGUUCCUGGAAGACUGGAGAGAGAAAGUGUGCGAUAAAUACUCCAGGAACUGCCCAGCGUCUCAGAUCUUCUCUUACCAGCAUCAGAGAUGCCAGCUGACCUGCAGAUCCCUCGGCUCCGUGCAGCAGAGUUGCAUUUCUGACUUCCUGCCUGUGGACGGCUGCUCCUGCCCUGAUGGUCUCUACCUCAAUGAAAACGGCAUCUGCAUCCCCAUGGCAAAAUGUCCCUGCUACCAUAACGAAGUCUACAUCAAGUCAGGAAAGUCCAUCAGCAUCAAAGAUGAGCACUGUGUAUGUAACAAUGGAAUGCUUCAUUGCCAUUCUUGGAGAGCCCGCUCAUCAACAUGCCCUUCUUCAAAACAGUUCUUCAACUGCUCUGCUGCUGGCUCAGGGGACCUGGGCCUGCACUGUGCUCCAACAUGUCUGAAUCUGGACAGCGAUGAUUGCGACUCCACUGAGUGUGAAUCUGGCUGUCGGUGUCCAGCUGGCCUUUUCGAUGAUGGCAAAGAUUCCUGUGUGCAAAGAAAUCAGUGCCCAUGUAAGCACGAUGGCCAUAUUUAUGCCCCUGGAUCAGAAAUCCCCGAGCAGUGCAACACCUGUACCUGCAAAAGUGGAAGCUGGGUGUGCAGCGAGAAAAAAUGCCCACAAACUUGCACUAUUUAUGGGAGUGGCCACUACAAUACAUUUGAUCAGCAAACAUAUGGGUUUAAUGGAGAUUGUGCCUAUGUUGCUGUGAAGAACAAAUGUGGCAAUAAAACAGUGCAGGACAGCUUUGGGGUCAUCACAGAAAAUGAACCUUGUGGAACUACAGGCACCACGUGCUCCAAAACUGUCAGAAUCUAUCUGGGGCGAAUGGAAAUUAAACUAUCGAAGGGUAAAUAUGAAGAGUUGAACCUGGGCCAGGGUGCUGAGAUUCAGUACAGAAUACGAAGGGUUGGCUUGUUUGUGGUGAUAGAAUCAGCCAUUGGUCUGUCGGUGAUGUGGGAUGGAAAAACAACUGUUCACAUUAUCCUGGAACCAAUGCACAGCGGAGAGGUGUGUGGUCUGUGUGGAGAUUUUGAUGGAGAUGGACAGAACGACUUCACCACCCAGGGUCAUCUGGUAGUAAGCAAUCCUAUAGAAUUCGCAAACAGCUGGAAAGUGUCAAGCAAUUGCCCAGAUGUGGAUAAGAAUGCUGACCCUUGUGGCGCAAAACCCAAUCGACAUCACUGGGCAAAAAUGAUGUGCAGCAUUAUAACUGGGAAUACGUUCAAACAUUGCCACAAUAAGGUUGCUCCCCUUCCAUAUUAUGAAAACUGUGUGAAAGACUCAUGUGCCUGCGACUCUGGAGGAGACUGUGAAUGUUUCUGCUCAGCAGUUGCAGCUUAUGCUCAAGCGUGUAAUGAGGCUUCUGUAUGUGUUGCAUGGAGAACUCCAGAAAUCUGUCCUGUCUUUUGUGAUUACUACAACAACCCAGGUGAAUGCAAGUGGCACUACAAUCCUUGCCACAAACCUUGCUACCAGACCUGUAUGAAUCCAGAAGAAAAUUGCAGCACACCUUUACCCAACCUGGAAGGCUGCUACCCUUUAUGCCCAGAAGAAACGCCGAUAUUUGAUGAAAAGACUGGGUUGUGUGUGGAGGAAUGUGAUGGUUGCUAUUACAACAAUACUAGAUACGAGGAAGAGGAAGUUAUUUUCAAUGCCACUGACAAUAUGGGAAUGUGCUACUAUGCAAUAUGCAGGAAUGGGACAAUGAUAUUUGAAAAUGAAACUUGCAUAUCUACAACUGUCCCAACAACAACAAUUGCCACCACCACACCUGUUACAACACCAACCGAAUCUCCUACAACAACCACAGUAUAUACAACCCCACAAACUCAAACUCCUACAACAAAUGAAACACCAGCCUCUACCACAGCAUCUACAACCCCACCAACUGAAUCCACUACACCUUGUAUUAAAACAUGUGAGUGGUCAGACUGGUACGAUGUGCAUAACCCAUUAGAGGACAAAAGUGACUGGGAAACGUAUGAGAACAUCACAAAUAGUGGGAUACAACUGUGUGAAACUAUCACAGAAAUUGAUUGUAGAGCAACAAAUAAUCCUGAAAUGGACUUCAAUGACUAUGUAACUCAAACUGGCCAACAGGUUUCUUGUGAUCUAGGAAUCGGUUUAAUAUGUAGAAAGGAGGACCAAUUUAGACCUCCACGGAAAUGUUUCAACUAUAAGAUCAGAGUAUGUUGUGAAGUAGAUACAUGUGUGACACCCACAACAACCACAGAAUCUACAACCCCACCAACUGAACUCACUACAACAACUGUAGCACCCACAUCAACUACAGAAUCUACAACCCCACCCACUGAACCCACUACAACACCUGUAGCACCCACAACAACUACAGAAUCUACAACCCCACCAACUGAACUCACUACAACACCUGUAGCACCCACAACAACCACAGAAUCUACAACCCCACCAACUGAACUCACUACAACAACUGUAGCACCCACAACAACUACAGAAUCGACAACCCCACCCACUGAACCCACUACAACACCUGUAGCACCCACAUCAACUACAGAAUCUACAACCCCACCCACUGAACCCACUACAACAACUGAAACACCCACAACAACUACAGAAUCUACAACCCCACCAACUGAACUCACUACAACAACUGUAGCACCCACAACAACUACAGAAUCGACAACCCCACCCACUGAACCCACUACAACACCUGUAGCACCCACAUCAACCACAGAAUCUACAACCCCACCCACUGAACCCACUACAACAACUGUAGCACCCACAACAACCACAGAAUCUACAACCCCACCCACUGAACCCACUACAACACCUGUAGCACCCACAGCAACCACAGAAUCGACAACCCCACCCACUAAACCCACUACAACACCUGUAGCACCCACAACAACCACAGAAUCUACAACCCCACCCACUGAACCCACUACAACACCUGUAGCACCCACAGCAACCACAGAAUCUACAACCCCACCCACUGAACCCACUACAACACCUGUAGCACCCACAACAACCACAGAAUCUACAACCCCACCCACUGAACCCACUACAACACCUGAAACACCAACUACAACCACAGAAUCUACAACCCCACCCACUGAACCCACUACAACACCUGUAGCACCCACAACAACCACAGAAUCUACAACCCCACCCACUGAACCCACUACAACACCUGCAACACCAACCACAACCACAGCAUCUACAACCCCACCAACUGAAUCCACUACACCUUGUAUUAAAACAUGUGAGUGGUCAGACUGGUACGAUGUGCAUAACCCAUUAGAGGACAAAAGUGACUGGGAAACGUAUGAGAACAUCACAAAUAGUGGGAUACAAAUUUGUGAAACUAUCACAGAAAUUGAUUGUAGAUCAACAAAGGAUCCUGAAAUGGACUUCAAUGACUUUGUAACUCAGACUGGCCAACAGGUUUCUUGUGAUCUAGGAGUCGGUUUAAUAUGUAGAAAGGAGGACCAAUUUAGACCUCCACGGAAAUGUUUCAACUAUAAGAUCAGAGUAUGUUGUGAAGUAGAUACAUGUGUGACACCCACAACAACUACAGAAUCUACAACCCCACCAACUGAACCCACUACAACAACUGUAGCACCCACAACAACCACAGAAUCUACAACCCCACCCACUGAACCCACUACAACACCUGUAGCACCCACAACAACCACAGAAUCUACAACCCCACCCACUGAACCCACUACAACACCUGUAGCACCCACAGCAACCACAGAAUCGACAACCCCACCCACUAAACCCACUACAACACCUGUAGCACCCACAACAACCACAGAAUCUACAACCCCACCCACUGAACCCACUACAACACCUGUAGCACCCACAGCAACCACAGAAUCUACAACCCCACCCCCUGAACCCACUACAACACCUGAAACACCAACCACAGAAUCUACAACCCCACCCACUGAACCCACUACAACAACUGUAGCACCCACAACAACUACAGAAUCGACAACCCCACCCACUGAACCCACUACAACACCUGUAGCACCCACAACAACCACAGAAUCUACAACCCCACCCACUGAACCCACUACAACACCUGUAGCACCCACAACAACCACAGAAUCUACAACCCCACCCACUGAACCCACUACAACACCUGUAGCACCCACAGCAACCACAGAAUCGACAACCCCACCCACUAAACCCACUACAACACCUGUAGCACCCACAGCAACCACAGAAUCGACAACCCCACCCACUGAACCCACUACAACACCUGUAGCACCCACAACAACCACAGAAUCUACAACCCCACCCACUGAACCCACUACAACACCUGAAACACCAACUACAACCACAGAAUCUACAACCCCACCCACUGAACCCACUACAACACCUGUAGCACCCACAGCAACCACAGAAUCUACAACCCCACCCACUGAACCCACUACAACACCUGUAGCACCCACAACAACCACAGAAUCUACAACCCCACCCCCUGAACCCACUACAACACCUGAAACACCAACUACAACCACAGAAUCUACAACCCCACCCACUGAACCCACUACAACACCUGUAGCACCCACAACAACCACAGAAUCUACAACCCCACCCCCUGAACCCACUACAACACCUGCAACACCAACUACAACCACUGAAUCCACAACCCCACCUAUUGAACCCACUACAACAACUGCAACACCAACCACAACCACAGAAUCAACAACCCCACCCCCUGAACCCACUACAACAACUGUAGCACCCACAACAACCACAGCAUCUACAACCCCACCAACUGAAUCCACUACACCUUGUAUUAAAACAUGUGAGUGGUCAGACUGGUACGAUGUGCAUAACCCAUUAGAGGACAAAAGUGACUGGGAAACGUAUGAGAACAUCACAAAUAGUGGGAUACAACUGUGUGAAACUAUCACAGAAAUUGAUUGUAGAUCAACAAAGGAUCCUGAAAUGGACUUCAAUGACUUUGUAACUCAGACUGGCCAACAGGUUUCUUGUGAUCUAGGAGUCGGUUUAAUAUGUAGAAAGGAGGACCAAUUUAGACCUCCACGGAAAUGUUUCAACUAUAAGAUCAGAGUAUGUUGUGAAGUAGAUACAUGUGUGACACCCACAACAACUACAGAAUCUACAACCCCACCCACUGAACCCACUACAACAACUGUAGCACCCACAACAACUACAGAAUCUACAACCCUACCAACUGAACCCACUACAACAACUGUAGCACCCACAACAACUACAGAAUCGACAACCCCACCCACUGAACCCACUACAACACCUGUAGCACCCACAGCAACCACAGAAUCGACAACCCCACCCACUAAACCCACUACAACACCUGUAGCACCCACAACAACCACAGAAUCUACAACCCCACCCACUGAACCCACUACAACAACUGUAGCACCCACAACAACUACAGAAUCGACAACCCCACCCACUGAACCCACUACAACACCUGUAGCACCCACAGCAACCACAGAAUCGACAACCCCACCCACUAAACCCACUACAACACCUGUAGCACCCACAACAACCACAGAAUCGACAACCCCACCCACUGAACCCACUACAACAACUGUAGCACCCACAACAACCACAGAAUCGACAACCCCACCCACUAAACCCACUACAACACCUGUAGCACCCACAACAACUACAGAAUCUACAACCCCACCCACUGAACCCACUACAACACCUGUAGCACCCACAACAACCACAGAAUCUACAACCCCACCCACUGAACCCACUACAACACCUGAAACACCAACUACAACCACAGAAUCUACAACCCCACGCACUGAACCCACUACAACACCUGUAGCACCCACAACAACCACAGAAUCGACAACCCCACCCACUGAACCCACUACAACAACUGUAGCACCCACAACAACCACAGAAUCUACAACCCCACCCACUGAACCCACUACAACACCUGUAGCACCCACAACAACCACAGAAUCGACAACCCCACCCACUGAACCCACUACAACAACUGUAGCACCCACAACAACUACAGAAUCUACAACCCCACCCACUGAACCCACUACAACACCUGAAACACCAACUACAACCACAGAAUCUACAACCCCACCCACUGAACCCACUACAACACCUGUAGCACCCACAACAACCACAGAAUCUACAACCCCACCCACUGAACCCACUACAACAACUGCAACACCAACUACAACCACAGCAUCUACAACCCCACCCCCUGAACCCACUACAACAACUGCAACACCAACCACAGCAUCUACAACCCCACCCCCUGAACCCACUACAACAACUGAAACACUAACCGAAACUACAGAAUCUUCAACCCCACCCACUUUUACACCUGAAACUGGCCCCACUUUAACAACACCACCAACUGGACAAGUUAUCGGUUCAACUACAGAAUCUACAACCCCACCAACUGAACCCACUACAACACCUGUAGCACCCACAACAACCACAGAAUCUACAACCCCACCCACUGAACCCACUACAACAACUGCAACACCAACUACAAACACAGAAUCUACAACACCACCCACUGAACCCACUACAACAACUGCAACACCAACCACAGCAUCUACAACCCCACCUAUUGAACCCACUACAACAACUGCAACACCAACUACAACCACAGAAUCUACAACCCCACCCCCUGAACCCACUACAACAACUGCAACACCAACCACAGCAUCGACAACCCCACCCCCUGAACCCACUACAACAACUGCAACACCAACCACCCCCACAGAAUCUACAACCCCACCAACUAAACCCACUACAACAACUGAAACACCAACCACAACCACAGAAUCUACAACCCCACCCACUGAACCAAAUACUAUUUCAACUACAGAAUGUUUCUGUAUAUUUAAUGGAACUCAUUAUAAGCCAGGGGAUGUCAUACCAGGCAUCGAACACAUCGGAUCCAAUAUAUGUCUCACAAUGAUUUGUUCGGAUAUUUGUGAGAUUCACAAGGAGCCUGUACUUUGCUCAACCACAACCAUGCCUCCAGUGACACCCACGACUUAUAUACCUACCUGCCCUGAAUGGGAUGUAGCACAAAAUGAGACGUUCUUAUUAUGUAACUGCACUAUGGCUAAAUGCAUUGAGAACAACACCAUUGAAAUCGUUCCAUAUGAAUGUCCACCCCUUGAGAUGAUCACUUGUGCCAACGGAAAAAAACCAAUUCUUGUGGAUGAUGAAUACAAAUGCUGCAAGCUUUACGUUUGUGACUGUGUAUGUGAAGGCUGGGGAGAUCCUCAUUACAUCACAUUUGAUGGAUUAUUCUACAGUUAUCAAGGAAACUGUACUUACGUUUUGAUGGAAGAGAUUUCCCCAAAACAUAAGUUGAACAUUUAUAUUGAAAAUGUCUAUUGUGAUCCCACUGAAGAUGUUUCUUGUCCCCGAUCAAUAAUUAUAUCAUACCAAUCCGAAGUUGUCACACUCAUUAAUCAUAAUCUUCUUGGAGCAGCGCAGCUGGAGGCACGGAAAAAUGGGAUACGUCUGAAACUACCUUAUGCUCAACAAGGUGUUAAGAUCCUGGAUACUGGCAUCAACUUGGUUCUAGAAAUCCCUCGACUUAAAGUGGUCAUUACAUUUGGAAUAACUGGCUUUAGUGUCACCCUUCCAUAUAGUGACUUUGGCGGCAACACACAGGGGCAUUGUGGCACAUGCAAUAACAACCAGGCUGAUGACUGCAAGUUGCCUGGAGGUCUGCUGGUCGAAAAUUGUGCAGUGAUGGCCGACUUUUGGCCUGCAAAACACAUUGAACAACCUGACUGCCAAACACCAUCUGUACCACCCACCAAUAAACCUGGACCACCACCAACUGUAACUCCCUGCAAGCCAGACUCCAUAUGUCACCUUCUUAAGAGCAGAGUCUUUGAAGCGUGCCAUCCAGUUGUCUCUCCUGACAAUUUCUACCAAGGUUGUGUUUUUGACAGCUGUCAUGUUUCCAACCCAGCAGUGGAGUGCACAAGUCUGCAGACUUAUGCUGCUGCCUGUGCGCAGGCUGGGGUUUGCCUGUACUGGAGAAACCACACCACUUUGUGUGAAAGUGGCUGCCCUUCAAACAAAGUUUACAAGCCAUGUGGUCCUGCAGAACAGCCAACCUGUGAAGACAAUUCUAAUGAACCAAGAAUGAACUACACUACUGAGGGCUGCUUUUGUCCUGAUGGAAUGAAACUAUUUAACAAGGAGUCUGGCAUAUGUGUUGAUAAGUGUGGAUGUCUUGAUCCUGAGGGAAAUCCUCGUGAGUUCAAUGAGCGGUUUGAGUACAAAUGCCAAAACUGCAUCUGUGACGAGUCCACCAAGACUGUCUCUUGCAAGCCUAAAGAGUGCCCAACUGCACCGGUUACAAACUGCAUGGGUCCCGGGUUUGUCCUUGUCAACGCAACUAAUCCAUCAGACCCCUGCUGUUCUGCCUUUGUUUGUGAAUGUCACAGCAACACUUGCCCACCUACAAACCUGAACUGUCCUGUAGGAUUUAUUCCAGUUGUCAGUGUUCCUGACGGAAAAUGCUGUCCAGAACGUAUAUGUGAACCAAAAAGAGUAUGUGUCCACAAAAACUCUGAAUACCAGCCUGGCUCUGUAGUUCCUGUAGCACCAUGCCAGGAUUGUCUCUGUACCAAUCAGAUGGACCAACAUUCUGAACUAUUCAUGAUAACAUGUGCAUUGCAGAAAUGUAAAACAGAUUGUAGCAUGGGAUAUGAAUAUCUGGAACCUGAGUCAGAUGAGUGCUGUGGAAAAUGUGUGCAGACCCACUGUGUUGUCAGUCUAAACGAAACUAAACAGCUCUUGAAGCCAGGAGAGACCUGGUCACCACCUGAGAAUAAGUGUCAGCAUUACACCUGUGUUGAGGUUGGUGAUACUUUAACGACGUUCAAUUCCCAGAUUGUGUGCCCACCAUUUCAACAGAGCAACUGCCAACCUGGCACAGUUCAGACUUCAGCAGAUGGCUGUUGUAAAAUUUGUUUGGAGAAGGAGAAGGGCUGCAAGACUGUUUCCACAAAGACAUUUGUUAUGCACAAGGGCUGUCAGUCAUACAAUGAGGUAGAAAUACCAUAUUGUGAAGGAACGUGCAACACUUUCACCAAGUACUCUAAAGCAGCAGCAGGUAUGCAGCAUUCUUGCUCCUGCUGUAGGGAGACCCGCUCCAGCAAUCGCACCAUUGACCUGCACUGCUUGAAUGGAGAUGUGGUUCCCUACACGUACAUCCAUGUGGAAGAGUGUGGCUGCGGACACACAGAUUGCACCUCAGCGGCUGCACUACCUGCUCGCAGGAGGCGAAGCUCCACACUGGUGUGAAAGAAACGUCAGUCGUCACAUUAAUGGAUAGACUGUAAAAGUCUCUUUUCCCAUACUGUCUUAACAAUCAUUGUAUUUCUUUCAAAGCAAUUGCCUUUGUAGAGAGAAUAUUUAUCAUUUAAUCUAAUAAAAGUAUGCA